AUGAAGUUGGCUGUAGUCAAGAAGAGAAGUCCGAUCUAUGUUAUAUCGCCUUGCUUAACUUAUGCUGUUGCCCCGAUGUUAAUUCAGCUUCUACUGGCACUCUUCUACCUCACACCGUCAAUCAUAUUCGACGAUUGGUUGUUCAAAGGCGGUCGACACAGCUCUGCAGUAGAAUUUUUGAGUGAUGUAUUCAUCUUUUGUUGGUACUAUGGCUCGGUUGCUCAGAUAUUAAUGGCUCUUGGUUGUGGUUUGCUUUCCGGCGAAUUCGAUAUUCUCUUUGAGAAACGUCUCAAUUUUUGUCAUCAUACUUUGCCCUGUGGCAAUUUUUACAGCAUGGUUUUCUCAACACAUCACGCCUUGUUG